GGGGACCGAAAGUUGCGUUGCAACUUAUGCGGCCACCUGUUUCAGGGGGAGGUCGUCAAAGGCCGCGCGCCAUUUCACGCAGGCGAAGUUCUGCAAGGCUGGGGGAAUGAAAGUUCUCACGGAACUCUGGAACGGCACGGACUACACAUUCGUGCUGUCCACUGCUGAGCGGGUGCAGAGGUGGAUGGCAGACGAGGGCAUACGGGACACGAGAGCGCCCGCGGGUGGCCAGCGACAGCGAAUGGACAACGCAGAGAGUGACGAGAUUCAGGAUGCCCUCAAUGAGGAGGAGGGCCGCGAGGGUGGGGCUAGGGAGGGGGGGAUGGCAGACGAGGCAGACGAGGGAGUCGGAGAGCCUGACCUGCCAGGGGAGGAGGUGGUGAUGACGUCGAGAGGCGUCGGUCAAGCGGGUCCCGCUCCUAGGGCGCCUCGACCUGAGUUGGAUCACGCGAGGAGGGAGAAGAGGGCAGUGGGGGAGGCUGGCGUCGAGGUGCGAGACACGAGCAGGGAGAAGAGGGCCCGACAGACCACGAUUGACGAGAUGUACGCCAGGGAGAAGUUGGCGGAGUUCACAGACGCGUGGCUGCAGUGGAUCUACGUGAAGGGGUUGCCAUUCAACGCCUUCCGUGGUCCGGAAUUCCAAAAGGUGCGGCAGACGGCCGAGAGAGUGCCUCGCAGUAUCCAGUUCCGGUUUCCCUCCUUCAAGGUCACAGCGGGCACCGGUAUCCCUUCGCAGAGGGCGAAGGUGGAGACGAUGGUGAGCGAGGUGCGCGCCGCUUUCCGGCACAGCAGUGCCACCAUGCUAUUCGACAGGAGGAAUUCGCGCAACGGCAAGCCGCUCCUGAACUUCCUCGCCAAAGGCGCCAAUGGCGCCCUGCUAUACGCCACCAUCGCACGCGACGGGUCGGUCCGAGACACCGCGAACAUCGUGUACCGUAGGUGGCGGGCCAUCAUCUUGUCCUUUCCUACAAAGGACGUGAUCGGCUCCUGCACUGACUCCGCCAGCCGACGAGACGCGUUGGAGAGCAUGUUGCAUGGGGAUGCUUGGUCACGCAUCCCGUGGGAGCGCAGGCAUGUAUCUCAAGCGCAGUGGGUGCAGCAGCAGAUCCGGGACGGGGAGUUUUGGCAGUGUGUCCAGUACGCCAUCCUUGUCAUGUCGCCCGUCCACCAGCUGUAUCGCAGGAUGGAUAGGGGGGGGAUGAUGAUGUCCGUCGUUUACGAGUGGAGUCGGCAUGUGGUGCAGUUGAUGAGGAGGGUGGACGUUCCGGAGGACAUGAUCGAGCCGUGCGUGCGUGAGGUUUCCAUCCGCAACCUCCACAUGCUAGAGCCCGCACAUGUCGCGGCCCACCUCCUCAACCCUCGUCGACGGUCCCUCACGUAUUACCAUUCGUUGGAGACGACCGCCGACGACCGUCGUAUGGUCGAGGAGUGCGACAGAUCUCUCCUGGCGCAGACCGGCGGCGAUCCGGUCGGCAGAUUGUACAGGACCAUGAGGGACCAGAUGAGGGCGUUCCACUCGAGGCGAGGGGAUUGGGGAGGUGACCUCUGCGAUGCCGAGGCGGAGGAUUGCAGGGGGGACAGCGAGACCGGGCGAUGUGCAGCGUGGUGGUUUGAGCAUGGACGUGCCCACCCGGAGUUGCACACCAUCGCCAUCUGUGUCAUGCACUUGUGGACGUCUGCCUCUCCAGCGGAGAGGAAUUGGGCGCAGCAUGAGCGCGUCAACACGGCGAGGCGCUGCAAGCUUGGGUUUGCCAAGCUUGCACAGCUGCAGGGUGGUGGCUACGUGUUGCCAUGGGUUAUGGGGACCGGUCGGGGGGGGACGGCGGCAGAGGAAGAGGAUGAGGACGGAGAUGUGGAGCCCGAGGUGUGGGGAGCGCGACCUGCUGGCAAUGUUCCAGAGGUGGAGAUUGAGCGGCAGAGUGUUGCUUUCCAUCAUAGCCAACCGUCCAGAGCCCAUUCGGUUUGGGACGUGUUCGGCAUCAGGGCGACGGAGCUGCGACCGUGGCCAGAGGGUGGGGAUGAUGUGGACGCUGCUGCGGCAGACGACGACAUCGACGACGAGUGGACAGAUGACGAUGACACGCCGCUGAGUAGCGACCCGACGGCUGAGCAGGUGUACUUCACUUACGGUGGGGGUCGUGACGGCAUGGAUUCAUUCACAUCAGUUAUCAGUGGUGGUGCGCCGUCGACCGCACAGGCGAGUGGCAGCAGUAGAGCCGGUGGUGGUCGUGGAGGACGUUCGCAUGCGGAGAGGGAGAUGGAGACAGGAGGAGGGGGAGGCCGUGACGUCGACGCCUCGGGUAGCCCUGAGGAGGCAGUUCAGGGGGAGUUCGAUGAUGAGGGACAGGAUGCCGCCGCGGGUGGUGGAUCAGGUGGUGGACGACGCAGCGACGAGGAGACCGCGGGUGAUGAGGAGCAGGAUGUUGUCGUGGGCGGUGGGUCCCCUAGCGGGGGGCGUGGCGACAUCCAGACCGCGGGUGAUGAGGGACAGGGUGCCGCCGUGUGUGCCAGAGGAGAGGGUGGACCCGGUGGAGAUGGGGAUACCGCGGGUGUCGGUGGAGAUGAUGGACCGGACGGAGAUGAUGAUGACGACCACGGUCCCGAGGACGAUGCGUAUAGGCUCGCCUUCGUGUUGAGGGACCCCAUAGUACCUCCCUUGCACCCUGACGACAUAGCGCACACUUUCUUCGACGUCGACGCUUUGGCGCAAGCGUUCACGGAUGACCCUUUCGCACACGUGAGCCGCAAGAGCGGCAAGAGGCGGGCCCCUGGGAGGGUAUAUUCACCGCCGCCGUUCGUGGUGGAGAGCCCUCACUGGUCGGGUUCGUCACUCAGCGGCGUGAGAGGGAGGGAGUCCGGAGCGGGUGAGGUGGGGUCCGGCAGACGCAGCGACGGCGGCAGAGAUAGUGCAGGAUCGAUGCCUCCACCGCCCGCACGGACUCCGGAGGGCAGGGUCGACACCAGGGACCAGACGGCGGCACCCGGAGUUGCGCACAGUGGCGGAUCCCCGCCGACAGUCCGAGGAUGGUCAGCUGUUCGUCGGAUGGCAGGCCGCAUGCUCGGUUUGUCACGAGCGGAGACAAGGAGAUCAUUGGUCCUCGAGGCCGCAGGGACAUCCACGGACAUGCUGCGCGGAGAGCAGUUCACAUCGGGCGAGCAGGGGUUGUUGAGGCGUCCUGGGACGAGACGACAGCAUGGCCUCUCGGAGGUUGAGGCUCGACUCGCGGCAGGGGUCGCCGCUGGCCAGGCAGCAUUGGACGCGAUUCAGAGGGAGAGAGAGAUGGGGAUUGCUGCACGGGCGGCGGAGGACGAGGACGUUGACACAGAGUCCGAGCCGAUCGAGACUGCGGCCCGCAGACACAAGGCACAGGUGGCUGCGGCAGCCGCUGCAGCACAGGCGGCAUACCUCAGCGGGGCACGGGGCACAGGUGCCGGAGGGAGAAGAGGGCGUCGGGGAUGGCCGUCCGACCUCCGGGAGAGGCCGCGCGCGCUCUGGAGGGAGAUGACGACUUGCACGUUCUGGUCGAUGAGGAACGAGGUUCUCGCCGCGGUCUGUCACGUGGACCUCAGCGCACCCUUCGCGGCUGGAGAACCUCGUUCCGAAUCGACGAUAUUUCACGACAACGAACACAACUCAGGAAGUUGUGGUCGUUAUCGUGCAAUGUCGGUGACGCGGCACGAGGUUCUUGUCCAGCCGCGAACAGCGCCCUUUGGGCCACAUAGCAGAGCACGGCGAGAACCUAGUUUUGCAUCGACCACAGUGUGCAACUGGGCCAUCGACAACCUUGUUUUCCAUCGACGUCACAACAAGACAAUGAACGUAGCAAUCGUUGCUCAAGAAUAGUCGUGAUCGAGUGGUCAUAUGAUCGUUCCAUGAUGAAGAUGCGUGUUCAUGAAAAAUGCGCCCGGACAAUUGCUCAAGAACCGUCAUGAUCGCGUAAUCAUGAAGAUGCGUGCUCAUGAAAAUGUGCGCCAACGGGUGAUGCUCGAAACCAUUAAUUUGAUGUACACACAGGGGACCACAACCGUCUGCUCUUCAUCAACGAACAAAGCAGCACACGACGA